UACAGAGGAACCGUGAUAGAGUGAAGCGGGAGACGAGGAUGGGCUACAACUUCCCAAGACUUUAAUACACGGGCAACCAAUUCCUCAUUCUUAUAUUCAUUCUUCUCCUUGCUGCCUACCCGGCUGAGAGUGAAAAGAGAGAGACCUCACAACCGGCUGCUUACCUAACCUACUGUCCUACAUAUCCACCCACCUUACCUGAAGCCAUCUUCCUCCUCCUUCCGUCCUCCCCAUUCGUCUCCUCUACCUCUCUCUCAACAGGGACAUAAAAAUUUCUCGAAUAUCGCCGGCGAGACCAUGGGGGCAUUCGUGGCAGUCGACAGCGCCGGCGCCGAGCCGUCCACGUACCCUGAGUCGCGAGUACUCAUCAUCAUUACCGGCGGUACUAUCUGCAUGCGCCCGUCGGCCGGCGGCCUCGUCCCCGUCAAUGGUUUCCUCGAGAAUGCGAUGGCGCCGCGGCCGUCGUUCAACGAUAUGUCAGAGAGAGUCCCGUUGACCAUUGUUAAAGACGGCACCAAGAUCACCGUCGACAGCCUGCGGACCCCGCCGAGCUCGUACUCGCGGCACAUCCGGUACGGGGCGCUCGAGUUCGCGCCGCUGCUGGACUCGUCGAGCAUCAGCAGCGUCGGGUGGACCCAGAUCGCGCGGGCGAUCGCCGAGAACUACCACCUGUUCGACGGGUUCGUCGUGCUGCACGGGACCGACUCGCUCGCCUACUCGGCGUCGGCGCUCUCGUUCAUGCUCGAGGACCUCGGAAAGCCCGUCGUGCUGACGGGGUCGCAGGCCUCCAUCUUCGCGCUGCAGUCCGACGCCGUCGACAACCUGCUCGGCUCGCUCAUCGUCGCCGGCACCUUCGUCAUCCCCGAGGUCUGCCUCUUCUUUCACCACGCCCUCUUCCGCGGCAACCGCACCACUAAGGUCUCCGCCUCCGCCUUCGACGCCUUCGCCAGCCCCAACUGUCCCCCGCUCGCCCGCGUCACGAGCCUCGGCCUCGACGUCAACUGGGCCCUCGUCCGCCGCCCCACUCGCAUCGCCUGCUUCCGCGUCACCCCGUACCUCGACACCGCGCGCGUCGCCUGCCUUCGCAUCUUCCCCGGCAUCCGCCCCGAGAUGGUCGACGCUGUCCUGCGGCUGCCCGGCCUGCGCGGGCUCGUGCUCGAGACCUUCGGCAUGGGCAACGCGCCCGAGGUCGGCAGCGGCGACGGCGACGGCGGCGACGGCGAGGGCAGCCUCGCGCGCGCUAUCCGCGACGCCGUGGCCCACCGCGGCGUCGUCGUCGUCAACGUGAGCCAAUGCACCAGCGGCGUCGUCUCGCCGCUGUAUGCGCCGGGAUUCGCGCUGGGCCGGGCCGGCGUCGUCUUCGGGCACGACCUCACGUCGGAGGCGGCCCUGACCAAGCUCUCGUACCUGCUGGCGCUCGCGGCCGAGGGCGCGCUGCCCAAGGCCAGCGCGCCCCCCGAGACCGACGCCGAGACCAUCGGGCGCCUCAUGAGCACCUCGCUGCGCGGCGAGCUGACGGAGCUCGCCCGCCCCUCCUUCACUCACCCCGCGGCCAGCGCGGCCGGGCUGCGCGGCGACGACGACGACGGCCGGAACAAUAACGACGGCGCCGGCGCCGCGCGCCUCGGCAAGACGGAGGCCGCGUUCGCCGCCCUCGGGUACGCAAUCGCGGCGGGGGACCUGGCGGCGGUGCGGGAGAUGCUGGACAGCGAGGCGGCAGCAGGGGCCGAUAACGGAAGCACGGUUCGGGGGGAUGCAGGGGAGGCGGCGGUCGUGGUGCUGCCGGGAGCGGGAGCGCCGUCGCCGGCGCGGGGCGAGGAACCGGCAGCGGCGCCGCCUCCGCCGGCGGGCCUGCUGCGGGGGGCGGACUACAUCGGCAACACGGCGGUGCACCUGGCGGCGAUGGGGCCGGAGGUGGCGGUGCUCGAGGAGCUGCUGCGGCGCGGGGCGAGCGUGCACGCGCGCAACCGCGCCGACAACACGCCGCUGUACCUGGCAGAGCGCACCGCCGGCGGCGGCGGCGAGUGCGCGCGCCUGCUGCGCGAGGCGGGCGCGCUGCUGUGGGGGGAGGAGGAGGUCGCGGGGCGGAGGUGAUGCGCACACACGCGCAUAUGUUGUGCUCAUAGAUAAAUAGAUAUACAUAUAUCGCCUAUUCUCUCUUGCGCGCCAGACGGAGGAGGGAAUGCGAAGGCGAUAGGAAGAGAGGGGGAGGGCCGAACCCGAGCUGGGCUGGAUAGGGCGCCAUGGCAUUUCUACGUAGAAGUUGCUCGCAUGGGUGCGGGCGGGGGUAUUCUUGUUCUUGUUCUUGUUCUUGUUCUUUUGCUUUCUUGCUCUUUUUCGCGCUCCUCGCUUUCGAGAUAGAGAUGGGUAUAGAGGUGGGGAGAAGCGGUUCUGCGGUUGUACACAGAAAGUUAUCGUACAGUAGCCGGCCUACCCG